UCUCAAUUUUGAGCUUUUAUUUUAUUUUUGUUUGGUAGAUAUGGACAUGUCAAAUCCUGCCGUCUUUGUCAAUGCUGAGUUCCUUAAGGAGCAUGUAGGACGGAAGGUUCGAACAGUGGUUCAGGUUAUGCAAUCUGAUGGUGAUAAAGUCAUUGGAAAAUCCACAGAUGAAAUACAGUUAGUUGUGAAAGGAAAUCCACCUAACGCUCUUUCAACUUUUGUUGAAGUAAUUGGUAUAGCUGACACUAUCCAGUCUAUUGAAGCAGAAAUUUGGACCAAUUUUGGUGAUACAUUUGAUGUUAAUAGCUAUGACAAAGUUUGCAGACUGGCAAAUGGUGACUAUAAGCACUUGUUUAUUUGAGGAAUGACAAUUGGAUGCUAUGAAAGAGGAUAUAUACACUCUUCUUUCUGCUGCAUUCUUCAACAGAAGUUUCAAUGUAUUAUAAGUAGUUUGAAGUACUUUUGAAAAUUUUGGAAUUUCAGCUUCUGUUUAGGUAGUUUCAUCAACAGAAGUUUAGCUUUGUGCUUAGAUGUAAACUUGUUUUUCUUCAACUUAUGCUAUUUGGUAUUUU